UCAUCCCAUCUCCCCAACGGAUAAAGAGAGAAGAAGAGAGUCCCUUCACUUACAGAGAGAAAAAAAUGGCAGCAUCAGUUUCAUGCUCAUGGCUAACUCUUCCGUCCCAAAUGAGGAAACUUUCCCUCACAUCCUCUUCUUCUUCUCUUUCCAUCUCCAAUUCUGCUUCUCUCAGUUUCUCCAGAAACCUCUCACACCCUCUCUUCUCACAAGGUAACUGCUUGUCGCUGAGCACAGUGCAGAGGCGCGCGUCUGUGGUCUGCGAGGCUGCGCCGAAAAAGGUGGAUUCGGCUGUGAAGAGAGCGCGCCAAGCCGAGAAGCGCCGCGUGUACAACAAAGCUCGGAAAUCGGAGAUUAAAACACGCACCAAGAAGGUUUUGGAGGCUCUGGAAGUGCUUAAGAAGAAACAAGAUGCGCAGGCCGAAGAAAUCCUCUCCAUUGAGAAGUUGAUCGGAGAGGCAUACUCGAUAAUUGACAAAGCUGUGAGAGUAGGCACACUGCACAGGAACACUGGAGCUAAUCGCAAGUCUCGGCUUGCUCGAAGAAAGAAGGCAGUGGAGAUCCAUCAUGGCUGGUAUACCCCAACUCCUGAAGCCAGUGUCUGAAACUAUCCACGUGCUAGUUUACAUUGAGUAAAAUGAAGUGCCAGUGAAGACUAUCUGCAGAUUUUUUCCACCUCUGUUCAAACAUUGUAUGUAGUCUUCUUUGGUGUUGGUUCAAAUUGGUUUACAGUUCCAGACUUCAUGUGUACUAUCAUCAUGUAGAGCCAUUGAUUUUAACAGCAUCUUCGUAAUUAGCCUUUAUUGUACUUUUUACCAUAUUGUUGUAUAAUGCAAUGCCUCCUUAAACAUAAUGAUACUUCCACUGUGGUGAAAAUUUGAUUGCUAUUCUAAUCUUGCUCAUGAUAGCAGGUGUAUGUGAUUGUCACACUUA